AUGCUGAAAGCCUGCAUCUGCUGCUUCUGCUACACAAAGAAAUGUCUUACAUACCUGAAUCAAAACGCGUACACGGCGACAGGUUUCAACAUCACCAGUUUCUGUACGUCGACAUGUGACGCCUUCGUCCUCCUGGUAGAGAAUGCCCUCAGCGUGGCCACCAUCAACACCGCAACGCCAAUUUUGGAUUACCAGGUACUGAUCGUCUCGUGCACGGCGUUCGCUGGCUUGUUGUCGCUCAACUACCAGCGGGACUACACGGUGUGGGUGCUGCCCCUGCUCAUCGUCUGCCUGUUCUCCUGGCUGGUAGCCCACUGCUUCCUGUCUGUCUUUGAGAUCGUGGUGGACGUGCUCUUCCUCUGCUUCGCCGUGGACACCAAGCACAACGACGGCAGCCCCGGCCGAGAGUUCUACAUGGACAAGGCCCUCAUGGGGUUCGUAGAGAACAGUAAGAAUAUGGCGGGAAGGGAUCGGCCCGAGGCAGAUGAAGACGGUGGUGAGAUGAAGCCCACGGGACUACAAUAUUUUUGGAAUAAAUCCCACCUGCCACUGACCCUCAUCCUGUCGUCUAUGCUGCGUCUGGCCCACUACAACCUGGGCAACGUGGCCAAAGGCUCCUUCAUCAGAACCCUGGUGGAGAUCCCUGGUCUCAUCCUCACCUACAUCCACCACCAGCUCAAAGGAAAAGUAUGUGUUUUAUCAAAAUCACUAUCCUAA